AUGGGUGGGGGUGCUUAUGCCUUCUUGCAGGUGAUCCCUGGUGUGAACGGAACUGCGACGACGGAGCAGAUCCUGGAUGCUGUGCUCAGCAGCAAAGGCAAGUUCGGCGCCUACGGUGAGCCCGCGGACGUGCGGGUGAUUCAAGACAAGGAGCUGGCCGGCGGGGACAGGCAGCUGGUUCUUCUCUUCACAUCCUACUCCCCGCAAUCCGCCGAAUUCCAGAACCGUGCGAUCGUCAGAUCGACCACGGUGGACGGCGAUGCCUUCGUGCUGGUGGGGAUGGCUUGCUGUUCAAGAGGGGCUGUUAGAGUGAGAGGCUCUCCCGUUUCGAGCCUUGGGCCAGGGGUGGGGGGGGGGGGGGGGGGGUUAGGAGUUGGCCGGAAGUCUCUUUUGACAGUAUGUAUCUAUUGUGUGCAUGUAUGUAGAGACACAGGUGCCAAACCUGCUUGUAUGACUGUCAGUUGCAAGCGUGCAAGGGGAGUAGAUGCUGCCAUAACCAAACCUUUGCAUGCCAUAGAACAUGGAGAGGAAGAUGGUGAGGGACCGUGUCGGGCAAGAAAGACAGACACAGGCACAUGCCUCCGACGUUGA